AUGCCCAGAAAAGCUUCCAUAGACACCAAAUACAUGGAUGAUCCACUGCUUACGGAAAAGACGGCGCGGAAGACGGAACGAUCACACGAAGAGAAUCAGGAGCGGGCGUACAUUGCUGCCUCGAGGAGAGCAGAUCGCAGCAUAGAGGCUCGGGUGCAAUCUGCUCGCAUGGCCAGCGAGAUCCACAAGAAACGCACGGGAAAAGGUUUCAAAAUCACAGAGGAAAUUGUUAUGAAAGAAGAAAUGUACGAGGAAGAGGACGACGACUUGCCACGCUCCUACCGGCUGCUCAGCGCAAAUAUGCAAACUUCGUCACCCGAGCUCAACUCCCGACUCGAUGCCUACCUGUCAAACAAGGUGGCCAUGUCCCAGAUGCUUGCCAGGACAAAUGAGGAGUGGCGCGAAAACGAAAUCAACAAGCUCUUUGCCGAGUCUUUUCCUAACGCCGUGCCGGCGGCCCAACACAUGAACCAAUUCCAACAUCCACAACAACAGCAACAACAGCAACAACAGCAACAGCAACAACAGCAACAGCAACAGCAACAGCAACAGCAACAGCAACAACAUCAAUAUCAAUAUCAACACCAACACCAACACCAACAACAACAACAACAUCAUCAUCAACAACAACAACAACAACAACAUGUGCCCGCCAACCUACCCAUGUAUCAGCCGCAAUCAACCGAGCCCUUUUCUCCAGCAAACUACGCUCCAGCCGCCUAUUCGCCCGAAUGCUACUCGCCGACUUCUUUCUCACCGGCUCCGCAAAUGGCGGUGCCUCCGCCAACCCAUCAUCCUAUUCUCGCAUCCAUCAGCUACCAUCCUCGAACGAACCUUCAAAGACGAAGAUCUCGCGCUUCCGCAUCCCCUUCAGGCAAGAGUCGUCGAGGCAGUUCCAAGUCGUUGUCUGGAUUGUCCAAAGUGACCAAAGCCGAUGUCUCAGUGGCACGCGCAAAUCCAGCUCUCGAGCACGCCGUCGACAGCGCCGUGUCGCCGCUGACACCAGACGAGGGUGGUCUACCCAGCGUGUCCGCCUUUACAACCGAACUGCCUCCGGAAGCGCGCAUGAUGCUGGAUGGAGUCGGUACUGACGCAGUUUUGAACCAGACGCUGGCUAACCAGGACAACAUGCAAGCACCCCACAACUGGUUCGACCCAUCUAUGCUGUUUGAUGACUCGUCGGCCUUUCCUCGAACGACUCCUAUGGAUCAGAUCGACCCUGGCUUCGUACCCGAGUUUUACGGGGUGGAUGCCGAGGAACCCAUGGCCAAGUGUGUCAUGCCCAAUAACGAUGAAGACUGGCGAAGCUUUCUCAACGAGGCGGCAUGGGGCCCUGAGCAGUAG